AUGAAGAUCACCGUGACUCUCCUGAUCUUAAUUUUCUUUUUGUUCGGAAUCGUCCUCGCCGAAUCCGACAAACAACCGAAUGUUACCCAAGAGCAGAUAUGCAAAGGUCUCCGUGUUGUUUAUCCAGCCCGCCCAGGAAUCACUUAUUCAAUAAAUCAAUCUCAUACCAUAAAAAUUCGUCGCGAUCCAAUUUUUAGUAAUAUCCAAUACAUUAGGUGGAUUCAACUUUGGGGAACCGAUAUUACGACUGGUAGACAUUUCUUUGUGAAGACUUUAUGGGAGGGUCGACAAAAUGUGGCUCCGGGUAGUGAUGUUAGAAUUAGAGUGCGACUCAAUAUUUCCAAAAACUUUGUAACAAAAAAUCAUCAAUUUUAUUAUAGAAUUUAUUCAAAAACAACAGAAGGAUUCGCUGAAUGUUAUAUUAAAAGUGGUACCUUUUACAUUCAGUCAUAA